GGCUGAGGCCGUCUGUCCCCGGGACUCGCCGCGGUCUCAGAUGGCAGCGGCCGCGGGACGCGCACCAUGGCUCUCAGCCUGCUGUGCCCGCUGCUGCGGCUCCUUGUACUGGGGCUCGGGCUGCCGCUGCUGUGCGCGGCGGCUGGGGAGCCGGUGUCAGGCACCACUCCGUGCUCUCGUGGCAGCUCUUGGAGCGCGGACCUCGACAAGUGCAUGGACUGCGCGUCGUGUCCGGCGCGACCGCACAGCGACUUCUGCCUGGGCUGCGCAGGGGCCCCUUCAGCCUCCUUUGGGCUGCUGUGGCCCAUCUUGGGGGGCGCCAUGAGCCUGGCCCUCGUGCUGGGGCUACUUUCCGGCUUCCUGGUCUGGAGACAGUGCCGAAGAAGAGAAAAGUUUACCACUCCCAUUGAGGAGACCGGUGGGGAAGGCUGUCCUGGCGUGGCGCUGAUCCAGUGACAAUGAGUGUCCUUGGUCAGCAGGAGGCGGUGCCCACUCUUCAUUCAUUCAUUCAUUCAUUCAGAGCCAGCCCCUGCCUCCCAGACACAGCCAGAGCCAGGCUGCUCCAGUCAUGGGGGUGUGCAGGGAUGGGGGACAGGUGAAUCACUUCUCUGAGGCCUGGAUCCAGAGUUCAGGCUCCAGGACAGAAAAGGUGACCCAGGCCCACUCACACCAGAUAACUGACAUUAAAAAAUGCAACAUUUGCAUAAGGGUCCCCUACCCCCAUGGUCUGGGGGUUAGGCUGAAGUGAGGGGCAGACAGAACACCAUGCCCCACCCACACAGAUGUGCUGAAAUUUCAGCACUGGGGUCUCAGCCUGCAGGGGGUGGGUUAGGGAUCUGUUCCUAAUGCUAGGGGGCUGGCCCUCUAGGGGGGCUGGCCCUGAGACACUGCACCCCCAACUCUCAAAGAGUGGGGAGAUAUUUAUUUUGGGGAGAAAGUUUGGAGGGAUGGGAGAAUUUAUUAAUAAAAGAAUCUUUAACUUUAAA